AUGGUAGCACUCGACCUUUUGAACUGGACUAUUUACUCAUCCUCAGGGAAGAACCCGAACGCCUAUACAUACAACGCCGAACGAGUGAUAGGUAACGGCUCCUUUGGCAUAGUGUAUCAAGCCACUGUGGUGGACACGAAUGAGAGUGUUGCCAUCAAGAAGGUCUUCCAGGAUAGACGAUAUAAGAAUCGAGAACUACACAUAAUGAGGGAACUCAAGCAUCCCAAUAUAGUCACUCUAAGGCAUGCUUUCUAUACCAAUGGUGAGCGACCUGAUGAACUCUUCCUUAACGUCGUCAUGGACUAUAUGUCGGACACGGUGUAUCGAGUGGUGAAGUAUUACAGUAAACAGAAGCGUCAAGUGCCUCUACUCCUCUGCAAGCUGUAUGGCUAUCAAGUCUGUCGAGCUCUAUCCUAUCUACAUAAUCUCGGUAUCUGCCAUCGAGAUAUCAAACCACAGAACCUUCUGGUUUGUGGUGAAACACAUCGAGUGAAGAUAUGCGACUUCGGCUCGGCGAAGCGGCUCAUCCCAGGCGAAGCAAACGUCUCCUAUAUCUGCAGUCGUUACUACCGCGCCCCCGAGCUCAUAUUCGGUGCCAGUGAGUAUACUUGUGUCAUCGACACGUGGAGUACUGGUUGUGUGCUGGCCGAGAUGAUACUCGGCACGCCUCUGUUUCCUGGCGAAAGUGGCGUAGACCAGCUUGUAGAAGUUAUUAAAGUUCUUGGUACCCCCACGAAGGAACAGCUAUUGGCGAUGAAUCCAAACUACACUGAAUUUAAGUUCCCUCACAUCAGAGCUCAUACGUGGCAUAAAGUGUUUCGAUCAAAAACGGCGCCGGACGCCAUUGACUUCAUUGGCUGCACUCUGAAAUACGACCCAGCCGAGCGCAUCACAACAACGCAGGCUCUGACCCAAGUGUUUUUCGACGAGUUACGAUUGAAGUCCACUACGCUGCCUCCAGGAGUGUUCGGCAGAGAGGCUCCGGAAAAGCCUCUGCCGCCUCUGUUUGAUUUUAGCCAAGAAGAAUUAGUAGCCUUCAGCCGAAUACCCGACGGCGAGAAGUUGGUCCCACAAUGGUACACUAAAUGCAGUAGUUUAGAAGCGCCUCCAGUGGUGGCUGGAAACAGCAGUAGCUCCUCCUCGAGUUCUGCCCCCGUCUAA